AAAAGAACUUGAGUGCUUGCUCGAACUCGCGACAUCAUCGAUCUCAACUUCGCCCGCCGACUCCACCAGCAGACCUCUGACCCACAAUGUCUCUCAGAGUCACCCUGCAGAAUGGCGUCUCGGUGUACACCAUCUCGGGCAGCAAUACCUCGCGCGCCCUCCCAGACUGGCUCGCUCGCAAACGGAAGCGCUCGCUCAAGAACGACGAAGCAUACCAGAACCGUGUCGAGCUGAUCCAAGAUUUCGAGUUUGAGGAGGCGUCGCAAUGCAUACAAGUGUCGGAGGAUGGCGAAUACGCAAUGGCGACUGGUACAUACAAGCCUCAGAUGCACAUCUACCAUUUGCCGUCGUCGUCGCUCAAAUAUGCACGCCAUACCUCGACGCUGAAUCUCACGUUCCUCCUGCUUUCGACCGACUACUCCAAAUCGUUGCAUCUGCAGACCGAUCGGUCACUGGAGUUCCACACGCCGAUGGGAUGCCACUACGCCACCCGUAUCCCCCGCUAUGGCCGCGCACUGGCGUAUCUCAAACCGCAGGCGCAUGCCAUCAUCCCAGCUGAAGGGAACGAAGUGUUCCGGUUGGAUCUCGAGGCCGGUCGCUUCCUGAAGCCGUUUGAAUUGGGGGGAUUCGAGGGACGCGGUGGCGAUGUCAAGUCGGCGGAAUGUGUCGCAGUGGCAGACGGUUCUCAUGGCCUGCUGGCGUUCGGUACCAGUGCCGGUACCACCGAAUUCUGGGAUUCACGGUCGAGGAACAGAGUCGGAGUAUUGGCGCCGCCUGUGAAUGGUGGGACCGUCUUUGACACCCUGGGAGACGCACAGACGCCGUCUAUUACCGCCGCACAGUUCAAUCGCAAUGGCCUUACAUUCGCGACCGGAAACGAGUCGGGCAUUGUUACGCUAUACGAUCUCCGUUCGCCCACACCAAUGCUUACAAAGGACCAAGGCUACGGGUUCCCGAUCCAGACAUUGUCGUUCCUGCAUACGCAAGCGACGUCGGAACAAAAGGUGCUGUCGGCGGACAAGAGGAUUAUCAAGCUCUGGGACGCAGCCGACGGAAAGCCGUGGACGUCAGUGGAGCCUUCAGUCGACAUCAACCACGUCUGCUACAUUCCCGACAGUGGUAUGAUCUUCACCGCCAACGAGGGUCAACAGAUGCACUCUUUCCUCAUCCCCGCACUUGGACCGUCGCCAUGGUGGUGUUCGCACCUGGACACCCAGAUCGAGCAGCUCGCAGACCGCAGUAUCAACGAUCCCGACGCCUACUCUUCUGCUGCAGUAGAAGCGGCAACCUAUGACAACUACAAGUUCCUUACCAAACCGGAGAUGCGACAACUCAACCUUGACCACUUGCUCGCAUCUGGCAAAGGGGCGGGUGUUGUACGGCCCUACAUGCACGGUUACUUCGUGGACCAACGCCUGUACGAGGAGGCAAGACUCAUCGCCGAUCCGUUCGAAUGGGAGCGCCAGAAGCAGAAGCUUGUCAAAGAGAAGAUCGAUAAGGAGAGAGAAUCGAGAAUCCGCACUUCCGCCAAGGACAAGAACGCAAAAGUCAAGAUCAACAAGCGUCUCGCGGAACGUCUUGAGAGUCUCGAAGGCAAACUCAAUAAAAAGGCGGCGGAUGAGGACAAGACCAACGUUCUCCAAGACCCCCGUUUCAAGGGUCUGUUCGACAAGCCCGAGUUCCUCGUCGACGAGACCAGCCGCGAGUUUCAACUUAUCAAUCCCUCGACACGCCCGACCAUCGGCGCGGACGGCGCGCCCGUCGAGCGGAAACGCGGCAAAACCGCUGCCGAAGAAGAAGAGGAAUCCGAUUCCAACGCCGGCAGCGGCAGCGAGUCGGACAGCGGCAGCAGCGAGGACGAAGCCGAGAGCACGCGCGCGCCCCAGCCCAAGAAGGAACCGCAAAUGCGCAUCUCCUCCUCAUCCUACCGCAAGUCCGGCCACGACACCAGAGGCUUCCCCACCGUCUCCCAGAACCAGAAGAAGCGCGAGAAGUCCUUUGGUGCGCGCGUCGCGGGCGUGCAGACUACCGAGAGGAGCAACGAACCCAGGGGGGCCACGGCUAUGGGCGACAGGGAGAUCACGUUUGUCCCCCGGCGCAGGGAGAAGCCGCAACGUGGCGAGGCCCAGGAGGAGAAGAAGGAUAUGGGCGAUCGUGGACGGAAGUGGAAGGACCGCAGAAGCGCAAGCGGAAAUGCGUUCAGAGCCGCGGGAAUCAGGAAAUGAAGCAGCAAAAGUUUUGGUUUAUAUAUACAGUUUUUUUAUUGUAUUGGGACGGGCGUUUGCAAUUUCUUCAGUGUUUUUCGGGGUUGGCGGCUCGGCGGACGGGUCUUUACUUAGAUAAUGAGUUGCCUAUUAUGUACAGAGUGAGGGUGGUUUGGAGCAUGCUUCGGUUGUAUGAUAUCAAGAGCCAUUUUCUACUUCGCC